AUGGCUGCUGCUUCUGCGAUUUCAUGCUUGGAUAAGAGUGUGCCAGAGAAAUUGCCUCCAACAUUGGAUGCUUCUGCAGAGCAACCUUCACUCUUCGAUGGAACCACUAGGCCUGCUUGGUAUGCAGAGAAAGUUUAUCCCCAAAAUAAGGUACCAUCUUUGGAACACAAUGGCAAAAUAAUAGGGGAGAGUCUUGAUUUGAUUAAAUAUUUAGAAAGCAACUUUGAAGGCCCUUCUCUUCUUCCGGAGGACCUUGCUGAAAGAGAGUUUGCUGAAGGUUUGCUAUCCUACACUGAUGAAUUCAUCCAAAUAGUAUGUUCCUCAUUCAAGGGAGACCCGGUGAAGGAAGCUGCCUAUAUUCCAUUCGUCGAAAGAUUCGGCUUCUUCUUGUCAGAAGAGUUCAAGUAUGAUAUCACUGCAGGCAGACCUAAAUUUGCAGCUUGGAUUGAGGAGGUGAACAAGAUUGAGGCUUACAAGCAGACAAAAACCGAUCUAGACUUUCUUAUGGAAUAUUACAAAAAGCGUUUUAUGGAUCAACAAAAUCGUGACAAUAGAAUUAGGGGAAGAUUUCGGUCAGCUUCUAUAGAUUCCAAGUUAUGUUUUCUAGGGACAGCCCCGCCUCCACGGAAGAUUCUGAAAGCCGGGGAUAAUUUAAGGCAGACGAGGAUAUUCACAAACGAGGACGUUAUUGAAUAUUCAAAGGUGAGCCAUGAUUCCAAUCCCUUACAUUUCGAAUCUGAAUUUGCCCGGAAUGCUGGAUUCGAGGAUAGGCUUGUCCAUGGAAUGCUGGUUGCUGCUCUAUUUCCUCGGAUUAUUGCAUCCCACUUUCCUGGAGCUGUAUAUGUUUCUCAAAGCUUACAUUUUAAAAGCCCUGUAUUUAUUGGAGAUGGAGUUGUUGGUGAGGUACAAGCUGCAAAUAUAAGAGAAAACAAGAGUAGAUACAUAGUGAAAUUCUUGACGAAAUGCUUCAAGAAUGAUAAGCUUCUCGUUAUUGAUGGAGAGGCUGUGGCGAUAUUACCAACUCUAGCUGUGGAGAAGGUGAAUUUUGUGGGCUGA